AACAAACUAUAUAUAUAAUAUUAUAUAUAUAAAUAAUAUAUAUAUUAUAUAACAAACAAUAUAUAUAUUAUAUAUAUGCACUUGUUCUCUUGAUCAUCUCUUAAUCCACAGUAUUUCAUGUUUUUAAAGAUAUUACAUGAAAAGCGUGGUAAUUCUUCAAGCACAGUAAAAUCUGGAAGAGAAGAGCGGUGAACAGCUAGCUCUUUCUGAAGACUGGAAUGUGGCUAUCCCUUGUGCUUUACCCAGCCCUCCAGCCAACCUGGGUGUCUUGCCUGCUUUGGGUGAGACAUCCCAGGAUUCAGAGAGAUGCUGCCUUUGCACUGCCUGGAGCAGACCACUGUAGGUCCUCUGUACUCUUCCCAAUAAUACAAGCACCCUGCACCCUUCCACACACCCCAGGUUGCGCUGUAGGGACAAGGACGAGUGAGUCCUGAGGCAUUUGGAACACUUGGAUGGGACGCACAAAGCCCAAAAUGUAGCAGUGUAGAUUAGAGUCCGCGGGGAAAUUUGGGGGAGGGAGGGAAGGAUGAAUUCGGCCCUUGAUACCGGAAAGGUGCUGGUGGGUAUCCACUUCUAGAGGCUUAGGGCGUGUUUAUGAAGCUUAGGGCAGCAGUGGAACUGGCAUCUAUGGAAGGAUACCUGACGUGAUACAUCAGAGAGCCGGGAGAGGUGGGGAGCUGUCAGAGGAUCUCGGAGAAUCUCGUCCCGGCUAUCCCUAGUGGGCUCUUGCGAAGCCAACGCAGGCGUUGGCUACCGCAGUUUCCCUGAAAAUAGGAGCAAAGGAGAGAAAAGCCUAGUCCUUUCACCUUGGAGUGGUGAGAGGGGUCACCUAGAAGCUUGAGGGCGGGAUCGCAGAAAGAGCCAGCGGCCGCCGGGGUGGGCCAGGAGCGCUGCGGGGCGCAAGCCCGGGUCUUUUCUGCCGGUUGGGUUCGUAGACUUUCUGAGCGCCUGCGAAGAGCCGGGAAACUCUGGCUCGAACCCGCAGGUCCGGCCCGAGGACGUGCGCAGUGCAAGCCCCGAGCCCAGCCCAAGCACUGCCACUCCCUACUCAGAGCACCCUCCUUGAGUGUGCCGCUGCCCACGGCCACCAAUCACCACUCUGCGUGGAGCGCUUUAAAUAUGCAAAACACGUCACGUUGUGUGAACCGGUAUCGGUCCUUAGGGAGGGAGCCAAUAUCUAUAUAAACUUGUCCAGGAUGGGCCGAGAAGGGUUAAACGACUGGAGGAGGGAGAGGUGGGGCGGGAGGUCUGCAGACCAGGUUGGCAACAGUGGUGAGUUGCUCCUUUCUUCGCCCUCCCUCGCUGCUUCUAUCCAAAGAGUGCUGAGCCCGGGAGGAGGUGGGAGGUGCCGCGGGGUGUGAGCAUUACGGAGGCAGCGGGCAUCUUCAAGAGGGACUGGCAUUUGGGCCCAGGAACUGGGAAAAUGUCCUGAGCUCGCCGGCCUCGAGGAAGGCACGUUUCCUAAGGGCGCACAGUCACUGCCGUCUUCCACCGCCCGUCUGUUUUUAGAACGGAGUUCUCAGCCAAGCUUAUAAAUCUCCGGCUUGGCCCCCAAGCUCCAGACUCUUUCCGGACAGAACAGGUGAGCACUUCGCACUGCUCUGGAGGUUCUUGAGUCCCCUGCACUCCCUGCGCUCCCAGCGGCCUGGGCCCCGCGGGCUCAUCAUGUUUCCUUGGGGGCUGAGCUGCCUGUCAGUGCUGGGGGCGGCUGGCACUGCUCUCCUGUGCACCGGCCUGCUGCUUAGCCUAGCCCAGCACCUCUGGACCCUCCGCUGGAUGCUGAGCCGGGACCGGGCCUCCACUCUGCCUCUGCCCAAGGGCUCCAUGGGCUGGCCCUUCUUCGGUGAAACGCUGCACUGGUUAGUUCAGGGCUCGCGCUUCCACAGUUCUCGCCGGGAGCGCUAUGGAACAGUGUUCAAGACUCACUUGCUGGGCAGGCCAGUGAUCCGCGUCAGCGGCGCAGAGAACGUGCGCACCAUCCUGCUGGGCGAGCACCGCCUGGUGCGCAGCCAGUGGCCGCAGAGCGCGCACAUCCUGCUGGGCGAGCACACACUGCUAGGUGCCGUCGGCGAUCCGCAUCGGCGGCGGCGCAAGGUCCUGGCACGAGUGUUCAGCCGCGCCGCGCUGGAGCUCUACGUGCCGCGCCUGCAGGGGGCGCUGCGGCGUGAGGUGCGCUCCUGGUGCGCGGCGCGCGGGCCGAUCUCGGUCUACGACGCCGCCAAAGCGCUCACCUUCCGCAUGGCCGCGCGCAUCCUGCUGGGGCUGCGGCUGGACGAGGCUCAGUGCGCCAUGCUGGCCCGGACCUUCGAACAGCUGGUGGAGAACCUCUUCUCACUGCCUCUGGACGUGCCCUUCAGUGGUCUGCGCAAGGGCAUCCGGGCAAGGGACCAGCUGCAUCGGCACCUGGACGGGGCCAUUUCUGAGAAGCUUCAUGAGGACAAGGCUGCAGAGCCAGGUGAUGCCCUCGACCUGAUCAUUCACAGUGCAAGGGAGCUGGGCCACGAGCCCUCCAUGCAGGAGCUGAAGGAGUCGGCUGUGGAGCUCCUCUUCGCCUCCUUCUUCACCACGGCCAGUGCCAGCACCUCGCUCGUCCUGCUGCUACUGCAGCACCCAGCGGCCAUCGCCAAGAUCCGAGAGGAGCUGGUGGCGCAGGGGCUGGGGCGCGCGUGCGGCUGCGCACCUGGGGUAGCGGGAGGCGGCUCGGGGCCCCUGCCGGAUUGCGGCUGCGAGCCAGACCUCAGCCUCGCAGCCCUGGGCCGUCUGCGCUACGUCGACUGCGUGGUCAAGGAGGUGCUGCGCCUCCUGCCGCCCGUGUCCGGGGGCUACCGCACCGCUCUGUGCACCUUCGAGCUAGACGGCUAUCAGAUCCCCAAGGGCUGGAGCGUGAUGUAUAGCAUCCGAGACACGCACGAGACGGCUGCAGUUUACCGCAGCCCUCCCGAAGGCUUCGACCCGGAGCGCUUCUGCUCAGCGCGCGAAGAUUCGCGGGGCAGCUCCAGCCGCUUCCAUUACAUCCCGUUCGGCGGCGGUGCGCGCAGCUGCCUCGGCCAGGAGCUGGCGCAGGCUGUGCUCCAGCUGCUAGCUGUGGAGCUGGUGCGUACCGCGCGCUGGGAGCUGGCCACACCCGCCUUCCCUGCAAUGCAGACCGUGCCCAUUGUGCACCCCGUGGACGGGCUGCGGCUCUUUUUCCACCCCCUCGUGCCUUCGGCUGCAGGGGAUGGGCUAUGCCUCUGACCUGCUUGCACUGUAGGACACGGCUAGGCCAGUGGCUGUAGCAGGCAGCGCCACCCAUCCGCAGCUCCCCAUUGUAGCGUCGCGCACCCUGUCGUUCACUCGUGCAACAAUCGUUCAACAAGCGUUCACCAAACGCGAAUGUGUGCCGGACUCGAGGGAAGAGGAGCUCGAGCCACCGCUCCUGUGCCAGAGAAGCAUCUAAGCCCAUGGGAAGGUGCCUUCUGCGUGCCGCGCCCAGAGGAAGGCAAGGUCGUGGGCCAAGCUUACAGGCUCUCGAAGCAGGAAUGGAGGGAAUAGAUAGAUCCCCACUAGGUGCUGCCUUACUUUCCCUUCCCGAACCAAUCCAGGGAGGGUGCAUGGAUGGGGAAGGCGGGGUAGGGGUGGUAGGGGAGUAGGGAUAUUGCAACUACAGGACCUUGCAAAGAGACCCGAGCACGCGGUGGGACCUACCACCCAUGUAGAGAAGCGGGGACGCAGCUGUGGGCGCAACCCUGGCCUGGCUUUGGGGCAUAGAAAAACACACAGAGGAGGCCCAAAGGAAGGCCCCCUGGCAGCUGGCCUCCGGCUUCGUGCGCCUUGGCCACUCUGCUGGUCUCCGUGGGAGCUCUAAAGAGCUCAAGGUCACUAGAUUCUGCUGGUGACUUCUUAAAAAGAAAAAUUCCUACUUCAAGAACGUAUUUAAUCUUCUCAUGUAUAUAGAGACUGGGCACACCAACACGUCUCCAACGCUGGGUUAGGUUCAUGGGAAGUUGAGACAUAAUCAGAAAGGUUUAGAUAUUUGUAUCAAAAGUCGGAAGGCCAAGAAAUAAAGUGUCUUAGGAGUGGUUAAGUGAGGAAGCUAGGGCUUAGCUGGGCAGCUGCUCCCUGGGGGGAAAGCACCCGGGUGAGGGUUGGGAAGGCCGGGAAGGACCCACCACAGAGUAUACCCAGAGAGGAGCUGGGAGCUGGGCAGCCGGGGGCCUGGGCUCCCCUGACUUCUCUCUGAGUAUAACCCUUGAAGCUGGGCUGUGAGUUGUCUCCAGGUUUCAGGGACCUUUUCCCCCCCCUUUUUUUGGAGACAGGAUCUCCCUCUGUGCCCCAGGCUGGA